AUGGCCACAAUUGCAGGAUUUCUCGCCUCCAAGUAUGCAAUUCUCGGCAUGGAGAAUUUGGGUGUUGAGUUUAUCAAAGAUGCUCAAAGAAAAUAUUUGCUUAAGAACAUCAAUUGUAAAAUGCUACAUUCGGUUCUAUUCAAAUGCAUGGAAGAACAAAAUGUUGAUCUAGCCACAUCCUCAGAGUGGUUAUCUAAAGGAAAUAAUGGUCCACGGAGUGAAGCAUUGUACUGUCUCUUGCAGGAUAGGAAUUUGUUCUUCACAUCCAUGGGAUCUUUAUGCAGUCACUGCAAAAAAUGCAAGAAAACAAUUGAUCAUUUGGCUACGCAGUGCGGGAAGAUGUUAAACAGUGAUUAUCUGCGGAGACACAAUGAAGUUGUGAAGUGCAUUCACCUUCAUUUGUGUCGAACCUACGGUAUUAAGAGAGGAAGCAAAUUAAAUGCUCAUUCUGUUCAGUCAAUAAUAUCGACGCAGAAUGUUGAAAUCCGAGUCGAUAUGUCAAUUAUGACGGAAACUAAAGUUCAAUCCAACAAACCAGAUAUCUUCGUGUAUGACAAAACUAAACAAGAGAUAACCUUAAUCGAAGUUGGUAUCACUUCACAAGAUCGCCUCAAACAAGUCGAAAUCGAGAAAUUUCAUAAAUAUGAUCUGCUCGCAAACGAACUUUCGAUACUUUAUGAUGCAAAGGUAAAGAUUAUCCCGGUUGUCUUGACGUGGGACGACGUUGUUUCGAGAUACCUCAAAAACUAUAUGGACAAAUUAUCGAUUGAAAAAGCCACAAGAACUUAUAUUCAAUCUGUUGUUUUAAAAAGGACUCUAGAAAGCAUGGUAGUUAAACACAGACAUGGAGUGAAACCUCUGCUGCUUACCAGCUUGCAGAAGUGGCAUGGUGCCGUGACACGCCGGUGA